AUAAUAAGUAAGAAAAAUGGGUGGUAGUGAUUGAGGGGAAGGACUAGUGUGAAUUUAAAUUUGUCUCAGGUAAAUUAAAUUGUUACUGGAGUUCUCGAUAUAAUUGGCCUCAGUUAUAAGCUGCUUAAAUGUAGGCAAUAAAACGCUUUGCGUGUUAAUGGCCUUACAAGAAUGUAUCACAUAAUCACCAAUGUACUUAUUUUCUUGUAUAUAAAUAAAUAAAUUAAUAAAUAAAUAAGCAUGACCAUUGAAUUUCCGGUACAACAACUUGCUGGUGUGUACGGUAAGCGGCCCUUGCAACGAUGCCUGACCCUCCACCAAUGAGCGAGCGGUACGCUGGUGACGGUGCCUAACUCUCCACCAAUGAGCAAGACGGACGUGUGUUGACGUUGGUUGUGUUGUCAGCAAGUCUCGCGCCACCACGCUGGAACUGCCAGGAAGGCAAGAAUAUACAGGACUGUAUUGAGCGGAAUGAAACUUAACGGGAUUAUCUGUGUAUUCACGCUCUUCGCGUAUGCUUACGGGCGUGGGACUCAACAUGUUACAUGCGGAUCAGUUGUGAAACUGUACAAUGCUUAUUAUAAGGUGCGACUGCAUUCUCAUGAUGUUAAGUACGGAUCAGGUUCAGGACAGCAAUCUGUGACAGGAGCACCGCAGCAAGAAGAUCACAACUCCAACUGGCUCAUAAAGGGAACAAUAAAGCAAGCUUGCAAAAGAGGAGAACCAGUUGCUUGUGGGCAAACAAUUCGGCUGCAGCAUUUGACAACAAGGAGGAACCUCCAUUCUCAUCAUUUUUCAUCACCACUCUCGGAUAAGCAGGAGAUUUCUGCAUUUGGGGAAGAAGGAGAUGGUGAUUCUGGGGAUGAGUGGGUAGUCAUCUGUGACGGUGAAGAAUGGGGCCGCCACCAAAACAUCAUGCUUAGACAUGUGGACACCGACGUGUACCUUGGUGUAACAGGACAGCAGUAUGGUCGCCCAAUCAAUGGACAAAAUGAAGUGGUGGGUUUAUCACGACCAGGAGUACAAGCCAAGUGGCAAACAAUGGAAGGAGUCUUCAUCAACCCAUCACAGUUCUCAGAUGACAGUAGAAUAUUUCACGAUCCAUCGGAACUCUGAUGUUAUUUUCAUAGCUUUAUUUUGUGAAAUGUCAGUAUUCUUCUGUUUAUAGAAUAUCUUUUUUUAUAUUGUAAGUAGUAGUGAUAAGGAUGAGUUAUUUAUAAAAUAUUUAAAUUAUGAUAUGUUUAAUAUUUAGAACAAUUUGUAAAGAUGUAACAUAGUCACAAUAAUAUUUUAAGUUUAUCAAUGAUUCUGCUAUUAGAUUCAAGUACUGUACUGUAUUUGGAUUUUGGAUUAAAUAUAAAAAAUUUCACUAUCAUCUUGCAAAACAAAGUUGUGAUCAUUUUUGACAUUGAUGCACACACAGUAUACAUGAACAUUAAUGUAGGGUCACAAAAUCAUUUAUAGUUAUUACAAGAAAAUACUGUAUGCUAUAAAUAAAUGGUGUAUUUACAAUUAUUAGGGCAUUAUUUGUGACCUAAAGUGAAUAAAACUGAUGAAAGAA